AUGCGAAUCUAUGCAGUCAAACUUAGCGGUCAUGAGAACGACAAUCUGAUGAUUGUUGGUUUUCAGCCUAUGUACAACAGCGCGAUCAAGAACUAUGCUCUGUUUCGGGAUCCAUUUGACCUAUCGAUGGGUGAUGCCUAUUCAAAGAUCGUCGCCAGGAACCAUGUCUUCGAUCUCGACAUCUUCAUGCGCCGCGCCGAUGAGCGAAUCCUUCGUGGUGACGGAGAGUCGGACGACUUGAAUCCGAUGAGACGAGCUGCGCCGAGAUCAAGUCAGAAACUGGUAUAUCGCGUCACCUUUGACAAUGAAGCACGGUAUGCGUCGCCCUGUUCAUCAGCUCGAAGACCGUGCAAGUAUACCAAGGAGGGAGCUCAAUCGCCGUUGCUGAAUUCCUUGAUCACGGCGAUGCCACGAUCCUAUUCAGGUGACUCUGCUGAGCCUCCGUUGGAAGCAUGCUCGCGGUUUCAAAGUUGGGAUAUCGCCAACACUCGUUUGGUCGCCGCAACUUGCGAGAAGACAUUCGAUCUUACCCCGACAUAUGUCAUGGGAGUCACGCAAAGCAAGGCAACAGAAGGAACAGAGAAGAAGUCCAGGCGUCUUGCACGUGAAUGA